AUUAUUAUAAUUUAAUUUAUUCUGUUCUCUCAGACGCUUAAACGACUUAAGCUAUUAACAUGAAUCCAACGUCCCAAUGUGCAGACUGCCCCAACAGACUGGCCACCAUUAGCAUAAAAUAACUCACCAACAAUAACUCUUGAAACGUUCAAACUGGAGACACCAAACCAACUUUCACAUUUCCAGACGAUUCUAAUUUCAGAUUCUCUAAAACUUUAAUCAAGUAGAACGAUAAACGUUUGCAUAAAUUGGCAUAAAAUAACUCACCAACAGUAACUCUUGAACAGUACAAGUUAGAGACACUAAACCAACUGUCAUAUGUUCAGGCUAUUGUAUCUUCACAUUCUCUCAAAUCGUAAUCAACUAUAACUAUAUAAAUGUGCAUACGUUUGCAUAAAAUAACCCACUGACAGUAACUCUUGAACCAUUUCAUCUAGAGGCACCAAACCAACGUCAAGAUGUUUGGGCUAUCCUCAUUUCAGAUACUUAAAAACUUGUAUCAAUCAGAGACUCUGGGUUCGCACCCAGGCUCUGUCAUAACCGGCCGUGACCGGGAGGUCCGUGGGGCGACGCACAAUUGGCCGAGCGUCGUCCGGGUUAGGGAGGGCUUGGCCAGUAGGGAUAUCCUUGUCUCAUCGCGCACCAGUGACUCCUGUGGCGGGCCAGGCGCAGUGCGCGCUAACCAAGGUUGCCAGGUGCACAGUGUUUCCUCCGACACAUUGGUGCGGCUGGCUUCCGGGUUGGAUGCGCGCUGUGUUAAGAAGCAGUGUGGCUUGGUUGGGUUCUGUAUCGGAGGUCGCAUGACUUUCAACCUUCGUCUCUGCCGAGCCCGUACCGGAGUUGUAGCGAUGAGACAAGAUAGUAGCUACUAAAAAAACAAUUGGAUACCACGAAAUUGGGGAGAAAAAGGGGUAAAAUUCAACAACAAAAAACACACACACAAAAAAAAAACUUGUAUCAAUUAUAACUAUAUAUAUGUGCAUUCAUUUGCAUAACUCUUCAGCCAUUCAAGUUCGAGACACUAAACCUACUUUCACAUGUUCAGGCUAUCCUAACUUCAAAUUCUUUGACACAUGUAUCAACUAUGACUGAAUAAAUGUGCAUAAAAUAACUCCCCAACAGUACGUCUUAAUCUGUUCAAGCUAGAAAUACUGAAGCAACAUUUAGAUGUUCAGGCUAUCCUAACUCGCAAUUGUUGAAAACUUUCAUAACGAUAAAAAUGUGCACACAUUUGCAUAAAAUAACUCCUCAACUGUUCAAGCUAUAGGCACCAAACAAACAUUCACAUCUUCAGGCUAUCCUAACUUCAAUUAUUUCUUUAUUUUUUUAACUAUAACUAUGUACAUUUGCAUACAUUUACAUAAAAUAACCUACCAACCAUAACUCUUGAACUGUUCAAGCUAGAGACACCAAGCCAACUUUCACAUGUUCAUGCUAUCGUAUCAAUCAAAUCAAUCCUUCACCAGCUAGCAUGCACAUCACACUUUCUUCAGAAAAUGCACUUUUCUAGUUUGAUCACUCUUUUGUUGCUGAGGAUUUUCCUGCACAGCAGGAAAUGUAAACUUGUCGUGUAUUGGAGUUUUUGAAAGGAUUCUCAAGUUUGUCAUUACCUCUUUGACAUUUCAGACUUGAUUUGCCCUAACAAAAAAAUUAGCAACCCCUACAAAAAUGUCCAUGAAUUAUAAUCCACAUAAUAAUUCACAUUUGUUGCAGGAUUAUUUUCCUGCUGUAGCAACCUGGCUCAAAUGAAGAUCCUACGUCUGUAUUAAGUCUGUGUGCAUCUGUAGUUUGAUAUCUAUAACAAAAUUAGCAUGAUAUCGAAAGAGUUUGUACAUAGUGUCUUUUAUUUAUCAGUUGGCUAUGAGGACUAUCUUGCUCUACAGGUUUUAAUGGUAUUAGAGUUUUAAGUAUUUUUAUAGCAGGGAAUUUCUGAUUAUGACUUCUAAAUUAUUGCUUUGAAAUAAAUAUGGAUUGUUCUCAUUAGUUUCAUAUUAGAGUCAGAGAUUGUGGAUUAUAGGUAAAGGUUGCACUAUUACAUAACUGCAGUUGUACUAUAUGAAUAUUCAAUGUGCAUUUAUAAAGUUAAACUUUUGUGGAAGCUCUACAUUGAAUAAUGUGUAAAGAGCGCACUCUACAGGUGAACAAUAAGCAGUUGUCUCAACACAUCCAUAAAACUUAAAACGGAGUAUCUUUUUGUAACUGUGUGUUCAUUUGAAUGUAUAAUUGUUCUAUAAAGUAAGGAAUUGGUUUGAAUGUAUUAUUUUUUUCUUAUAUAUCUUACUACUUCAUUCAUUUUCAGUUAUUUUGAAUAUCUUUGUAAUUAUUUAAACGCAAAUACUGCACACACGUCUCAGUACAUGUUGAUCCCAACAUGUCAAAACCAGACCAUAUUUCAGUUGUGAACAGGUCACACAUUAGUCAAUACCAUAGUGGUAGAUAAAGGACUCCAGUGCCCAAAAGUCAAUUUUAGCACGAGCAGCACCAUUGAGGACUUCCACCAUUUUGAAGUAGUCAACUGAGUGGGAUUUCCUAUGGGUUUAGGAAGGAUCACAUAAUUCCAUCCAGGUCACCAGGAAGGAUCAGCCAAUGAAUUAUACUCGUGAUCAAACAUUCCAUAACUGCAGGUGGCAGUAAAGCGCCAACCUUGGCUUUAUAGUUAUUCAAACAACACACUCCAGGUGGCAUUAUGCACCCUUCUUAGAAAAAUAAUCUUACAAACGCCAUUAUGGGAAAGACACAAUUCAUUUGAUGUCUAUCUAUGGUCAAUGCACAUCAAUGUAUUCUAAUCAGAGGUGAUGGGUCCCCUCCUAAUGAAGCUAAUGUUUGUCAGGAGGGGAUGAAAAUGUCUGGAUGUAGACACUUACAUCACCACUUGACAAUAAAAACAAAUAAAGCCCAGUCUUAAUAUACCACCUUUCCAUUAAAACACUACGUGACGUCUGAUUUUAGCCUAAUUAACCGAGAACACAAUUGCCUAAAUGAGUUCCUCCCCCUGAUGACCUCCUCUCUAUCCAUAUUAGUGCCAAACAUGCCCUCUUAAAUGACGCAGUGAGCAAUGCACCGGGAGUGGAGUCUUAAAAUGAGAUUCCAGGUCCUGAUUGGUCACAAAGAAUCACCAGACGGGCUUAUGUAAGACUGGGUAUUAGAAGUUAAAGUGAGAUUAACGUACAUACUGUGCUGCAGCAUUAGAUUAUAUGUGGUUGCGUAAUUAUGGGUUGUAAAAAUUCCCAGUGUUGUAAGGCUUGUAUUAGCCUGCCUUUAAAUUUCCGUUUUGAACUCACUCAACCUUAAAUUAUAUUCCAACCUAAAUGAACACAGUGGAAAUGUCAUUAAAAUCAGUGAGUAAAAAAGUGUAAAUGGUGAAUAUAUACUGUGAGCAUUUUCAAACUAAUGGUAGUCCAUGUUCAUGUUUAUAAUGACUUCUGCUAAAUCUUUGGUUUUCAUCCUAAAUCCCGUGUUCAAGGCAGUGUAUCACAUGUACACACGUGAACACAAACUGUGUAAUCAUCUCAUCCACUCGCCCCAGACAUGACCUCAUAAAGCCUGAACCUUACCUCCACCUGGCCAAACCACACUGCCUUAUAACUGACUGUGAGUUUCACAGGGGGCUUUCAUACUAAUCAGGUAGUAUUUGACCUCUACAAUCUUCUCUAAUCUAUUUUCUCUAUCUCAUCCUCUUUUUUAUCAAGAAAAUGUCUAUGACAUGGUAGAGCAUUUCAUAGAAAUUCUAAUAAAGAAUAUGGGAUGCGAAGGUUUUUUGAUUUGAUUUGAUGCCUAAAACUAAAUACAUCCCGACAGAAGCCUCGUUCUUUACAGUAAUACAACAAAUUAAAUACAGUAAAACUAGAAAAGGUACUGGCAUACCCAAAUACCUACUUCAUAAUACCUUCGAUGUAACAUCUCCAAUUUGAGAAAAAAAAAUAGUCUGUGUUUGUCUGGCGGACGCACCGCAGAUAAUACGAUUAAAGGUUUAUUGAGAACAGAAGCCUCUUAUGUCGUUGUUGUUGUCCGAAACCUGCCGGUGAACACCAUUCUCUCCUGACAAAGGACCGUCCCUCUGAAUGAAUGAACGCAGAUCAAAUAUAACAUUCUCCACCAUAAUGGCAGUAAGUCGGUUCUCACAAGCGUUGCUGGUGCUUUUUUGCCAUGUUCUCUACUCCAGCGCUUCUUUCCAGCCAGCUCUGGUGCUGGAUAUGGCAAAAAUUCUCCUCGACAACUACUGCUUCCCUGAGAAUCUAGUCGGGAUGCAGGAGGCCAUUCAGCAAGCCAUCAACAGCGGAGAAAUCCUCAAAAUAUCUGACCGCAAGACCUUAGCAUCUGUGCUGACGGCUGGCGUGCAGGGUGCACUCAAUGACCCUCGGCUGACUGUGUCCUUCGAGCCAAACUUUGUCCCGGUGAUGCCGCCUGCUCUCCCAUCUCUUCCCACGGAGCAGCUCAUCCGGCUGGUCAGAAACUCUGUGAAGCUGGAGUUCCUUGAGAACAAUGUCGGCUACCUGAGGAUCGACCGGAUUAUAGGGGAGGAGACCGCAGCCAAGCUUGGCCCGCUGCUCCAGGAAAACAUCUGGACCAAGGUCACCCACGCCUCCUCGUUAAUCUUUGAUCUGCGCUACAGCACAGCUGGGGAGCUGGACGGAGUCCCUUUCAUCAUCUCCUACUUCUCCGACCCAGAACCUCUCAUUCACAUUGACACAGUGUUUGAUCGGCCCUCCAACACCACUAAGGAGCUAUGGACUAUGUCAUCUAUCAUGGGAGAGAGGUAUGGAAAGAGAAAAGACCUCAUCGUAUUAACCAGUAAGCGUACUAUGGGUGCAGCUGAGGCAAUCGCCUACACUCUGAAGCAUUUGAACAGGGCUAUAAUUGUUGGAGAGAGGUCAGCCGGGGGGUCAGUGAAAGUGGAGAAGAUAAGAAUAGGAGAUUCUGGUUUCUACAUCACAGUUCCUGUGGCCAGGUCAGUGAACCCAAUAACAGGCCAAAGCUGGGAAGUGAGUGGAGUAUCUCCCUCUGUAAAUAUCAAUGCCAAGGAGGCUGUUGCCAAUGCCAAAAAUCUACUGGCUGUCAGGAGUGCCAUUCCAAACGCUGUCCAGAGCGUCUCUGACAUCAUCAGGCAGUACUACUCAUUCACAGACAGAGUACCGGCUCUCCUUCAACAUCUGGAAUCCACCGAUUUUUUUUCUGUAAUUUCAGAGGAGGACCUGGCGAAUAAAAUCAACUACGAACUGCAGUCUGUGUCAGAGGACCCUCGUUUGGUGAUCAAACUGACCCAAGAUCACCCGGUUAUCAUUGAGGAAGACUUUGAACCUGAGAACAUACCAAACGAUCCAGCAUUUCUCACAAACCUGGUGGAUACAGUCUUCAAAGUACGCAUCUUAACUGGAAACACUGGUUAUCUCCGCUUCGACAAGUUUGGAGAUGUGUCAGUGAUGGCCAAAUUAGGAGAGCAGAUUGCCCAAAAAAUCUGGGAGCCCCUCAAAGACACAGAGAACCUCAUCAUCGAUCUGCGAUACAACACAGGCGGGUCCUCAGCUUCCAUGGGCAUCCUGCUCUCCUUCCUCCAAGACCCAUCACAACAGUUCCACUUCUUCACCCUAUACGACAGGAUCCAGAACACCACCACUGAGUUUAACACGCUUUCCGGCCUCCCAGGCCCACCCUACGGGUCUAAACGGGGAGUGUACAUCCUGACUAGUUACUAUACUGCUGGUGCUGGGGAGGAAUUUGCUUAUUUGAUGCAGUCUCUGCACCGUGGCACCGUCAUCGGGGAAAUCACAUCCGGGACCCUGAUGCACUCCAAGUCCUUCCAGGUGGAAGACACCGACAUUGUCAUCACCAUCCCCUUCAUAAACAUCAUAGACAACAACGGGGAGUGCUGGCUAGGUGGAGGCGUGGUCCCUGACGCCAUAGUGCUUGCUGAGGAGGCCGUUGACCACACCCAUGAGAUCAUAGAGUUUCACAGGGAGGUUCGCUCACUGGUGGAGGGGACGGGGGAGCUCCUGGAAGUACACUACGCCAUCCCUGAGGUUGCCAACAAGGUCAGCAGAGUGCUGCUCAUCAAAUGGGCCGAGGGCUCGUAUCGAUCGGUGGUGGACUAUGAGUCUCUGGCAUCCCAACUGACAGCUGACCUCCAGGAGACAUCAGGUGACCACCGGCUGCACAUAUUCUACUGCGACAUCGAACCCGAGUCUCUGCAUGACAUGCCAAAAAUCCCAACAGCUGAGGAGGUGGGUUACAUCAUUGACGCGCUGUUCAAGAUUGAGGUGAUGCCCGGGAACGUGGGCUACUUCAGGUUCGACAUGAUGGCAGACAUAGAAGUGAUGAGAGCCAUCGGCCCUGAGCUGAUUAAACUGGUGUGGAGCAAGCUGGUGAACACAGACACAAUGAUCAUCGACAUGAGAUACAACACAGGUGGUUACUCCACAGCCAUUCCACUCCUCUGCACCUACUUCUUCGAUGCUGAGCCCCUGAGGCACCUCUACACCGUAUUUGAUCGCUCCACAACCACCAUGACCGAGGUCAUGACCCUGCCUCAGAUCCAGGGUCAGAGGUACGGCUCCACCAAGGAUAUCUACAUCCUCACUAGCCACAUGACGGGGUCGGCUGCCGAGGCGUUCACGCGGACCAUGAAGGACCUUAACAGGGCAACGGUGAUCGGGGAGCCGACCAUCGGAGGGUCCCUGUCCAGUGCCACCUACCAGAUCGGGAACAGUAUCCUGUAUGCCUCCAUACCUAACCAGGUGGUCUUGAGUGCUGUUACUGGGAAAUCCUGGGAGGUCGCCGGCGUGAUGCCCGAUGUUGAGAUCGAUGCUGAAGAUGCCCUGGCCGCUGCCAUUAAGAUCAUUAACCUCCGUGCCGAGGUCCCUGCCAUUCUUGAGGCUACUGGCGCUCUGGUGGCCGACAACUACGCCUUUGAGAAUGUCGGAGCGGACGUUGCGGAGAAGCUGGCGGCAACGAGCGGUGACUACAACUUGAUAUCUUCAAAGGUGGAGCUGGAGACAAAACUCUCCGCUGACCUCAUGACACUGUCCGGAGACAAAUGCCUGAAGACCACCCACAACAUCCCAGCCCUGCCACCAAUGAAUCCAUCUCCAGAGAUGUUUAUUGAGCUGAUCAAGGUCUCAUUCCACACGGAUCUGUUUGAGAACAACAUUGGUUACCUGCGCUUUGACAUGUUUGGUGACUUCGAAGAGGUUCAGGCCAUUGCCCAGAUCAUCGUGGAACAUGUGUGGAACAAAGUUGUUAACACUGAUGCUCUGAUUGUUGAUCUCAGGAACAAUGUGGGCGGACCCACCACUGCCAUCGCAGGCUUCUGCUCCUACUUCUUUGAUGCAGACAAGCAGGUCUUGCUGGACAAACUGUACGACAGACCCUCUGGCACCACUACGGAGCUGUGGUCUCUGUCUGAGCUCACUGGCGCAAGGUACGGCACCAAGAAGAGCCUGAUCAUCCUGACCAGCGGGGCCACGGCCGGCGCCGCCGAGGAGUUCGUCUACAUCAUGAAGAAGCAUGGCCGGGCCAUGAUUGUGGGCGAGACCACCAACGGCGCCUCCCACCCCCCUGAGACCUUCCGUGUGGGCGAGAGUGAAGUGUUCCUGAGCAUCCCCACCACCCAUUCAGAUACAACGCAGGGCCCCGCAUGGGAGGGGGCUGGGAUUGCCCCUCACAUCCCUGUGCCAGCCGACGCAGCCUUGGACACUGCCAAGGGCAUCCUCAACAAGCACUUCGCCGGCGCAAAGAAGUGAACUCCCUGACUGGGGAAGUUGGCAGCCAAAGGUGUUUAAGAUCUUAUGUUCUCAGAGGAACAAAGUAUUUAGGGUACAGUUCAAUGCACUUCAUUGACCAAGUCUAGGGAGCCAGCCUCUGCACCUAAGCCUUCUUAUCGUAGCCUGUUGUAGUGUUCUCGUUUUGCAAGAAUAUGUGAGAGAUUAUGAAUAAGAUUGUGGUGGUUUUUACUUAUAGUUUUUACUUACAAAAACUACUGUGAUUGUAGACGGAUUUAAGAAAUGCUAUACUGAAAUGUGACUCUUAAAGAAGUGGUUCAUAAACUACGAAUGUGUUUGUGUUACUGAUCCCCUAGCUCUUGGCCUUGGGGCUAAGAUUUGUCAAAGCAGCUUCGCAAGAACAUGAAAGCUGAAACUAGUUUAAAACGGUGCAUUGAAUCAAAUGCUGAAACAUAUUUGCUUUUCCUCUGAUAUUCUUAUAUAUUUUUGAGUACCAUUUUUUAGGACCUUUACAAACAAAUUGUUCUGUCUGUUGGGGGUGCAUUCUCUCAUUUGAUGCAGGGUCUUUUUGCUGUGUAUGGGAAGAAGUGUUGUGUCCAUACAUAGUGUCUUUCCAUGUGAGGCAAUUUGGGUUGCAGAAAUUCCAAUGGUGGGACACAAUAAAGUCAUUGAGAACACAAGAAUAA